AUGGGUAAUGCCGCGCCACGCGCGCAGCCACAAAGCGUACUAGACAGCGCGUCACAAUACCGCACGUUUUUAAUGGAUUACACACCGCGCUCAAUGGAUAUGAUGUUUGGAAGUUUGAUUGGAGACGGUAAGUUUUUGAAGAGUAUCUCUUGCAAGUGCGACGAGGGUCAUUUGGUCGUAAAAAUAUAUCGCAAAUACGACGAGCGGGAGUCUCUCACAAGCGCUGAGGUGGCACUACGUCGCCUUGCGCUCGCUUUUUCGGUGGAACAGCAACCAAACGUCAUUCCUUACGCGGACUUUCAGCUUUCUAAUAAAUACAAUGUUGCGUUUAUGGUACGCCAAUACUUUGCCUCGAAUCUGUACGAUCGCAUCUGCUCCAGACCGUUCCUUACUAUGGUAGAGAAAAAAUGGAUUGCAUUUCAGAUAUUGAGAGCGCUGGAGCAGAGUCAUGCAAAAGGAAUUUGCCAUGGAGAUGUCAAGCAGGAAAAUGUUAUGGUUACAAGCUGGAAUUGGGUCUUUCUGACAGACUUUGCACCUUUCAAACCCACCUAUAUCCCGGAAGAUGACCCUGCAGACUAUAAUUAUUACUUUUGUGCAAUUGACGCCACCCGUCGUGGGUGUAGUGUAGCACCAGAACGAUUUUAUGGAAAAGGAUACGCGUCUUCUGGUGGAUCGUCUGGAUCCACCUCCGGCCCUGGAGGUUACAAUGCGAUCAAAGCACCCGAUGCUGCGAUUAUGCUCUCCAAAAUGGCAGAUAGUGACGUGAGCGUGGAAGAGGUCGACAAACAGAUUCUGGCGAUGGGUAUGGGAAGUGGAAAUAUGGCAGGGGUUUCUAUGCAAACGUCACCUUCGACUACAUCAAAUGGUAAUGCGCCGUCAUCUUAUUCUCGUUCGCGUCGUGAAGGAAGUUUGUUGGAAUCUAUGGAUAUAUUCUCUGCUGGAUGCGUGAUAGCUGAGCUUUUCUUGGGUGGAAAGCCGCUGUUUGAUCUUCCGUCACUUCUGAAGUACCGCCGUACUGGGGAUAUAGAGACGCUUAAACAGCAGAUCAAAAAGGUGGGAGAUUGUGACCUUGAAGAAAUGCUUUUGCAUAUGUUGCAGCUAGAUCCGAGCGCUCGAAACUCGGCAAGUGGCUAUCUUUCUAAAUACACAAGUUUGAAUGGCUUGUUUCCAACGUAUUUUGAUAGCUUUCUGUUCCGAUUUUUGGUGUUGGUAUUAAGUCGGGGGGGGAAGGUGCCAGAUGCACGGAUUCGUCUUGUUUGUAAGUAUUAUGGUCGGUUGGUUCGUGAAAUUGCGGGCUUGGAAGACCCAGAAGGAGAAGAAUUUUUCAAGCUGCGCCUGAAAGAAGGGUACGGCUCCGACCGCCUAGCUACUGCUUCAGGAAGCGUGCAACAAAACCAUGUGGCGCAGCGUGUACUCGAAGAAUUGUAUCAGAAAAUUCCGGCUAAGCACGAUAAAUACACGGCUGAGCGAGACAACGUUGCUGUCACGAAACUUCAAAAGAUUAAGGAUAAAGAAAAUGACAUGCGCGGACUUAGUUCCACUAUGCAGAAGAAGAAGAUUGAAAAACUUCACGAUCAAUUUAAUGCCCUUACGCUAAAAAAAAACAAUCUGCUGCUUCUUGAUUACGCUCGCAUGUCAUCGACGAUUCCUUCAGAUGAAAAUUCAGUAGAUGAUGCCGAACUAAAAGGUGGGGAUGAAAUGCAAAUGAACGGAUCUUCAGUCAAAGCGAAUAUGUCGACACCUCCACCACACUCAAGUAAGACGAGACGGAUGAAGCCGCCGACAAAUCCUGCGAACGAGCCGUGGCCACAUGAUCGAAAUGGUAUAGUGAUAGUAUUGUCGCUAAUUUGCUCCAGUCUUCGGCAUGUUCAAGUCCCCGAAUCGAAACUUACUGCGUUGUACCUGAUCCGAGCGCUGGGUCAGUAUACAAGCGACGAAGCUCGACUUCAGCGUUUGAUUCCGUAUCUUCUUGAAGUAAUUGAUGAUCCAAGUGCGACCGUGCGUGCCUUGGCUCUUCGCACUAUCACCUAUUUGUUAUCGCUAGUGAAAUCUUUUCCGCUUGCCGAUGCCUCUGUAUUUCCUCAAUACGUGCUGCCCGCCAUGGUGCCAUUCCAAUCGGAUCCAGACGAGUUAGUGCGUAUCACAUUUGCCGAAUGUCUGCCCCAAUUAGCAGAGACAAGUCGCCGAUUCUUGGAACUAGCACACGCUAUGAAACAGAAGACGUCGACAUCUUCAAGCUCUGCCGCAACGCUAGCCGGCUUGUCCAACCGUAGCAACGAGACUUCUGCAUCAAAUACGAUGUACAUGGCAUCUAGCAGUUUUGAUAAGGAAUUGAGUGUGUUGCAUAAGAUGAUCUCGCGAUUUGUGAUUCAGCUAACUACACCUGAUCAGAAAGCAUCAUCAUCUCUUGUCAAGCGUGCUCUUCUCGUCGAUAUUACAAGACUUUGUGUGUUUUUCGGCCAAGAACGUACAUUGGAUGUCGUUUUGCCACAGCUCAUCACCUUUUUGAACGAUCCCGACUGGGAAUUACGUGGUGCAUUCUUUGACGCUAUCGUUGGAGUGUGUUCUUUUGUGGGGCCCGUGGCUGUCGAGCAAAACAUUUUACCUUGUAUUGAGCAGGCUCUUUUUGAUGUACAGGAGAUUGUCAUUACGAAAGCAGUAGAAUGCCUCACUGGAUUAUGUCAGCUUGGCCUAUUUCAAAAGAAGAUCAGCACGUUGGUGGAAAAGGUUCGUAUGACAUGUUCGCUGCUUUUGCAUCCGAGCUGGUGGAUUCGCUAUGCUGUACUGAAGCUGAUGGGAGAAAUUGCGUAUAAAUUACGAAGUGUGGACGCCAACGUUUUCUUAAGUCCGCUUUUACGGCCCUUUUUGCGCAAGAUGAUGGUAUUUUUACCUGGUGAAGACGUAAGUGAAGUCACAAAGCGACUUUGCGAUUGUUGCCGGCCUUAUGUUUCUCGCGAGACGUUUGAUCGUGCGCUUUUGGCGUCCUCAUCUUCUUCAGGCCUCGAUGACGUGAUUGCUGAAUUGGAACAAUCUAUCGCACAAGCCUCCGAUGAAAGUGACGACGAUGCUUCCCCACCUACGCCUAUGACGGUGAUGUCGACGACUUCACGUGAGUCAUUAAAUGAGCCAGUUGAUGAGUUGCUUCGACUACGUAAGAACAGAGACGCUCUACUGAGUUCGGAGUCCACAGACGGGUAUGGUAUGUUACGUCAGCAUUCGUCUGGUGCAGCUGUCGCAUCUUCUGCUGCGGUGACAACAGAAACUAUUCCAACAAACGGAGUGGCUUCCAUCUACGAUCAUCGCAAAAACGAAAUCCAGUCUCUUAAGCUUAUACAGCAAUACGUAUCAAUUGCCUCAAUGCAGAUGCGAAGCAAAUUGGAAUUGGCCAAGACAGAGCAGGCUGCGCGCAUGCAAGGAUCUUCUAGAAGCGAUCGUACUAGCUCACCUCAUGGUGCAGUGACUGGUUCUUCUGUAACUAUUGGAAGCGGAGCUAUUGGUACUACUAGCAAUCCAUUCGCUCGUAAGCUAUCGCGUUCGCAUCUUCGUGUACUUUUUGUGCCAGAUAUGCGGUUUGCACUUUCGACAGCACAACCUUUAAAGGCCUUUAAUUUUGGCAAUCCAGCGUCCUCGCAUGUUACUGCCAGUAGCAAUGCUACAUCGACAACUGCUACAUCAAAUUCCACUGCUCUUGUAACCAGAUCUCGGUCACAUGCAGCCACCAGCUCGCCGUCUCAUUUUGUUGGAUCGGCAACUUCCGUAGCUUUAAAUGGUGGUCAUGUACCCUCGUUGGAAAGCCUCUCCUUAACGCAUGUGGGCAGAAUGUACAGUCUUGUUGAGCCUAGCACACCAAUAUCCACAUCCUCAGUCACUGUAUCUGGCCCUUCCUCAAUUGGAUCCAUCUCCUCUUCGAUUGACGAGUCUGGACUAAGCCACGUGGAUUCCAAUCACUUUGCACCUACCAGUGGUGGUGUCAUGGUGAGUAUGCUUAACAUGAAUAUGCGCGAUAUGUAUGGCGGCGAUGCUGUAAAUAGCAUGUUGGAAACACAUCACCACUCAGUCCAUGCGUCGCCUGUAUCGCCUCCCCGGCAAAGAAUGAUGAAAAAAGCCCAUACAACGUAUCACCACUAUUUUGCAUUCAAGGAGUCAGCAAUGGAUCCAGCCUUAGGAAAUCCUCGCAAAUUACUAGCGCGGCUGAACGCGCUGGGCAUUCCGCCAUUGCCCCCUGAUCUUGGUGCCCUGCGGCUUACCGAUGGAUCACUUUACUCCAUUUAUAGCCAUGCGUCAAGUCCGUAUUGUCUGAUUGGUAAUAGUGGCACUGGCAGCUUUGGUGCUGGAGUAAAUGGAGCGCCAGGAAGUGAACGAGGGGGCGCAAGUGUGACUGUUGCGUCGACACCAGGCCAGGGCGGCAAUAAUAUUCAUUCUUCUGGCGGUGGAAAUACCUUCACCGCAGCGGUAGCAGUUGCUGCAGCCAUAAACGGAGGCGUCACACCUGCUAAUUUUGGUGGUCCCAGUAGUAGCAACGGUGCAGGAAGUACCUCAGGUGGUGUCAACGGAGCAUACAGUGGAAAUGGAUACCACUCGUUAUCGCGCAAUUGGCAACCACGUAAAAGUGUCUUAGUCGCGGAACUAGCAGAGCAUUCCGGAGCCGUAACUCGCGUAAAUGCUGCUCAAGACUACAGUUUUUUAGCAUCCGCUUCGAAUGAUGGGACAGUGAAAAUUUGGUCAGUAAGAUCCUUACAACACAGUGUCAACCAAGGAUCACGGUGCACGUACGAUGGACAAGGUGGCGUAAUUACCGAUAUGAAAGUGCUUACUAAUAGCCACUCGGUUGCCUCGGCUUCUAGUGAUGGAACGGUACACGUUUUUCGCGUGGACAAAGUCAAUUCAGUGGGUGGGAAUGUACAAGCCACAGGUAUCAAAGAAUUGCGAGCAAAUAAAAGCGCUGUCAUGGCAAUCGACUACCUGAAUAAUGUUACGGAGGCUCUGCUGUUGUAUGCCACUCGCGACGGCAAGGUCCACGCGUGGGAUCUGCGCAUGAGGCGUGAGGCUUGGACUCUCAGUAUCUCUCCUGAGUUAGGCUACGUUACGUGUAUAACGCACUCUCUCGACGUGAGCUGGUUAGCUGUUGGGACGAGUCGAGGCUUCUUGUGCUUGUGGGAUCUACGGUUUUUAGUUCUUAUACGUAUAUGGCGGCACUCGUCACACUACGCGAUCCACCGGAUUCAGCCCUGCUUGGGCUUGCCUAACACGUUACCGCUUGAUGAAACGUCAGUGCCGUUGGUCUUUGUGGCUGCAGGUGAUGGGGAGGUUGCGGUCUUUGACCUCAGUAUUGGCGCAUGUCGUGCUGUGUUCCGUACACUGGAUGCGCAGGCAUCUGAGGCUGAGGCUUGCAAGUGCCCAACACUUUUGCACGUGCCGAUUCCGCACCGCAGUCGCAGUGUCCUGGGGAGUUUUUUGGGAAUACUUGGUAUCACGAUGGCCUUCGAUGAGAUCUCUUCGUCUUCACUAAGUGAAGAGCCUAGUGUCCGAGCGAUGUUGUAUCCAUCUUUGCACGUGCGUGGCAUUGGGGAUGCGUUAAUUACGGGCGGUGAAGAUCGACAAUUGCGGUACUGGGAUAUUCGCAACGGAAAGCAGUCGUAUACCAUCUGUGGCAACGAAGAAGCUAAAUCGUUUUACGAUAUCCAGGCGCCUCCAAGCGAUUGGUGGCGCAUGAACUCAGGUGCUAUCUCUCCAUUACGUUAUAAUGAGAUGCCAGCAGCGCCCAUGUCGACUACUGCUGCCAUUACCAAACCAGAGUUGGCUUGGAGCAAGCUAAGCCCACCUCUUAUUACUGUGUGCCAGGAUUCAUCUUUCUAUUCGGGAGCAGCUGCAUCAAGUUCUGAUGGUGUCGAGUCAGCGAUCAGCAUGGAGAGAAGAGGUCUCGUUCCCCCGUCUCCGGCACACACUGACUGUAUCCUUGAUUUAACGCUGGUGGAGUUGGGAACUAGCCAAAAUUUAAGCCCCAUGCUUGUUUCUAGUGGUCGCGACGCACUUAUUAAAGUUUGGAAAUAA